AUGAUAAGAUCUACUUCAAGAUCCAGUAGAAGGAUCUUUAUGAAUCUUUCAAGAACAUAUUCCACUGAAAAACCAACCCAACAACAACAACAACAACAACAUCAACAAGCACAAGAUGCAGAAACUUUAGCACAUACAUUAUCUCAAAAAGAAUUACGUGAAAAAGCCAUUGCUGAUGCUUUGGCAAGAGAAGAAGAAGCUAUUUUGAGAACUAAAAGAAUAAGAGAAUUAACUGAAGAAAGUCAACUAUUAAUUUCAACUUUAAAUAAAACUCCAUCUACUUUGAUCAAUGAACGUUUGAAUAAAUUAAAUCAAGAUUUAUCUAAAUUACCUCAAGAUAAAGUUAAACAAUUAGAUGAAGAAUUAAGAGAAUUCUUGAAUAAUAAUAUUAUCUUACCUGAACAUUUAACUAUUAAUCGUCCAUGGGCUAAAGAAGAUUCUGAAUCCAAUAAAAAUACAUCAUCUGGCGAUUCAUCUUCUACUGGUAAAGCAUCAUCUACUAUUUCAUCUCAAUAUACUUCUCAAUAUCCAAACUUGAAACCAACUCCUGAUUAUAAACCAUAUUCUUCUCAAGAAUUAUACCUUAGACAAUUACAUCAUACUAGAUUAAACGGUAAGUUAGGAUCAAGAGUAACUGAUGUUUAUCGUCCACAAAGAGAUGUUAAUAAUCCAAUUAAAUACAAUGAUACCACAAUUGCUAAAUUAAUGGCUGCUGGUUGUCAUUUAGGUCAUGCUACUUCUUCAUUUAGAGCAAGUAUGCAACCUUUCAUUUAUGGUAUUUAUGAUAAAGUUCAUAUUAUUGAUUUAAAUAAAACUUUGGAAAAAUUGACUUUGGCUUGUAAAGUUAUUGAAGGGGUUGUUGAAAAAGGUGGUAUUGUUUUAUAUGUUGGUACUUAUAAAAACAAUUCAUCAAUUCAUGAAGCUUUAAUUAAAGCUAGUGAAAGAUCUCAUGGUUAUUAUGUUAAUAAACGUUGGAUUCCAGGUACAAUUACUAAUUAUACUGAAAUUACUAAACAAUAUUCCCAAGUUAAAACUAAAGUUGAUAUUGAUAUGAAAGAAAAACAAUAUGAAAUUAAACAUGCUGAAAAAAUCAUUAAACCUGAUUUAGUAGUAUUGUUGAAUCCAGUUGAAAAUAGAAAUUGUAUUAAAGAAUGUAUUUCUGCUUGUAUUCCAACUAUUGGUUUAUGUGAUACUGAUAUGGAACCUUCAUUAUUAACUUAUCCAAUUCCAUGUAAUGAUGAUUCUGUUAGAUCUGUUAGUUUGAUGUUGGGUAUUUUAAGUAAAUCUGCUGAAACUGGUUUGAAUAACCGUUUAGCUGCUAUUGAAAAAUUAGAAAAAAAUGCCACCAAACAAAUUGAAGAGAAACAAGAUAAAGAAGAAGAAGAAGACGUUGCUGGUAUUGAAGAAAGUCCUGUUAAAGAAGAAUAA